AUGUCUGACAGUCUUCCAGGAAUGGAUAGCUCUGAGGAAAAGAAAGUUUACGAGGAUUUGUCACCUCUGGGGUUCGGAUCAGAACUCGCACAGCCUGGAAAUGCCACUGCUGAAAGAACCAAUCUUUUUUAUGAAACGAAUGGAACAGAAAACAACGACAAAGAGUACUAUGAGUUGAAAAAGAUGCAACUACAUGAUGUUCAACAUGCUGUUCAAGAUGGGCCUAGUAUGCAAGGAAACACCAUGACGGCGACUGAAAUAAAAAUGGAUAGAACUAUGGGAAACGAGGAAUUGAUGAAUUGGGAUCACCCGAUGCCGCCACCACCACGGGAUGCGCUCAUCUAUGAGUAUAACGCCAACGGUACAUUUGUGAUCUUGGACCCAGACAGCGUCCACCGUAGCUCCCAAAUGAAUCAAGUUUUCGGAAUGGAUGCCAUGGAAAUCGAACACUGCGAUAUGAAAGUUGGAACUAAGGAGACAAUCAAUAAGGGAUUCGCAUUCACUAAAUCAUACGAUUCCGCUGAAUUCGCUCGUUGGAGAGUCAAAAUUGGAGACGACACCGAAAAAUUCGGUUCCAUAAAGACUAUGAAUGAGAUGGAUGACAUGGACAGCGAGCCAUCAUUCCAGGAGGGACUUAGAUCUCUAUGCAAAAUGGCUGGAGUCGAACUUUCUGGAGAUGAAGACGGAGACGGAAACGAACCAGUUGAUGGGAAAAAGAAAAAAGUCAAAGUUGCACCAAUGAAUGUCAUUCCAUCGAUCAAUAUUGCUUCAAAAACCUCAACCGUGGAUGAUGGCGGCUACGAAGAAAUGGAAACAAGAGCUGCAUCUCCACAAGAAUUGGAAGAUCUCUACCCGGCUGAUUACAGAGGAUCUCCUGAACUUAAUGUUGUUCAAGAAUUCGUCAUGCCGGCUGAUAUGACCAUCGAGAUCAAUAUUAAUAUGCUCCUUGAGGAACUCAAAAAGGCAGAUCCGUUUGAAAAUCAAAACACCAACAAACGCCACCAGUUGUCGGAUGUAAAAAAGAAAAUUCUGGACCACCACGAUCUUCGCCGCCGACUGGAGAUUCGCGACAACGAGCGCGACGAACACAUCAAAAUGGGAGUUGAAUUUCUUCAAUAUAGGGCGGAACUCACCAGCCGCAUGCCAGAAGACAAGCUGGCAAUGGUUUCGACCAAAGUCCUCACAUGUCUGAAGAACAUGUUGGAAAUCACCUUUUCCGAAAUGCUGCUGUCUUUGGCAUGCUUCCUGGAAAUCACGGCAAGUCACUCAAGAAAGUUCGAAGAUUAUCUGGGACUCGAGAAAGACCUCAUAACCCAAAUUCUCCCCGAAAUUGAGUUCAUGGUCUAG